AUGUCGUUAUCAACUCAAAAGGAUACUCGAUUCUAUUCAACCAAGACAUUUCGUCUGGUAUCGAUGAUGAUAUUGACAUUUUCAUAUUUCGUCGUCGAACUUGUUGUCGGUAACAUCACCAAUUCAUUAGCACUGGUAGCCGAUGCUUUCCACAUGCUCUCUGAUCUGAUAGCUCUUGCAAUCGGAUUAAUAGUUGUGCGGAUAGCUAAAAGACGUUCUAAUAUCAACACAUUCGGAUGGGUACGUGCUGAAGUCGUUGGUGCCAAUAUCAACUCUGUCUUCUUGUUAGCUCUUUGUUUAACAAUUAUUUUUGACACUAUCAAACGGUACAUUCAACCGGAACCUAUCGAGAAUCCUACUCUUCUUCUCAUUGUUGGAUCGGUGGGUCUAGGAAUUAAUAUCAUUGGUCUGUUUCUAUUUCAAGGCUUUCAUGGUCAUUCACAUGGUGGUAGUAGUGACGCUGAUGAGCCGCAUGGUCACAGUCAUCAUACGCCUCACGAAUCAAAGUUACGGAAACAAUCCAAUAGAACUUCGGAAACCAACCCGAAUACCGCUACGUCAAAAAUUGAUGAAAACAUCGAACCAAUUGAAGUCGUUGUCACUUCCUCUGACUUCAGAAGACACAGCCUUCGAGCUCUCGACGAGACCGAUAAAAAACGCAUCAAUUUCGUUCCGUGUCUUCUACAAGCAGGAUACGAACCUUCUGGUUAUUUGGGUCUUGUCAUUCGUGAUCGACUAUAUAUUGAUUUUACUGCACCAGGUAGUUUUGAUGCAAGUUUCGAAGAAUUGAUGGCUGAAAUUCAUACUAUUGAAAAGCAAACACAAGCUUCUCCCACAUGCAGCAUGAAAACAUUCCAAACAACUUGCUCAAGACCUUCAUCUACAGGCGUAUCUACCAAUGGGCAAAUUUCGCAUGAAUCUCUUCGAAUAGUUAUACGUGAAUUCAAAGAGUCAAUUAAUCAGAUCUACAAUGAUGCACAACCGAUAACAGAAGAAGAGUUUCCUCAAUUUGUUGAUUAUAUACGUCAACAUGUCUUCUCUAAUGAAUUUCAAUCAUCGUCAACAGGACACAAUAAUUCACAACAAAUACUACGAGAAAUUUUGCUACAUUCACGAACUCAAACCGAAUGUCUUCGACGAAUCACUGAGAUUCUUUCGAACCUCACCGAAACUAGAACAGUUAUUAAAUUAUCCCUAGCAGUUGUAUUACUAUAUACGAUCAAUAAAUUUUUUCAACAUAGAUGA